CAAUUUUAUUCACAGUCUAAUUGAAUCAUGCUCCAAAAACGGGUUUUGACACUUGCCCUUGCUCCGCUCGGCUUUGCGCGACCAGCUCUCGAGCACGUCCGGGCGCUCCCCAGCGAGGUCUUCAACGGCCACAUGACCUGGUACGAUAGAGAGGGUGGUCUGGGCAUCAAAGAAGGCGCAUGUGGAGAAAUCAACUAUAGCAACCAGAAGAUUGUCGCCCUGAACAAAGACCAGUACGUUGCUUUGAGCAAUAGCGAGAACCCCAACAACGCGGCUGUCUGUCACGCCAAAAUUCGCAUCCAGCACGAAGGCAAGGAGAUUGAAGCACAAGUUACCGACAGAUGCGAUGCAUGCCUUUGGGGCGAUAUCGAUGGCACACAAGCUGUCUUCAAUGAACUUGUGGGCGGGCUUGGGCCUGGCAAUGUAUCUGUGACUUGGUCGUUUGAGUAAAACCUAAGCGGUUCUUUUUGAUUACAGCGAAGGCGUUAGGUUAAUGAUACCACGCAAUUUUACGUGGUGCAAGGAGUGCAGGGAGUUGUUUGCUUCUAGUGGUCAAGCG